UUCCAGGCACCUGGCCCUUUAAGAGCCACGCGUUUUUAUACAUUUCCGGGUCAAAGGACAUCAACAUGGACACGGGAGAAGUCCUCGCGUCUCUGGGUGUGGAAGGAGCUGCAGCAGCGGCACAUGCGCUCUCUCUCCCCGCCGAGGCCUACGGGAAUGAUGCUCAGUUGGAGGUGAUGUGGGCGAUGAAGGCCUACAAUCAUGCAGAAGUUUACUUCAAUCUCAUUUCUUCUGUGGACCCGAAAUUUCUGAAACUCACAAAAACAGACGACUUGAUCUAUUCCAAGUUUAGGGAAGACUUUCCAGACUUUGAUCUCAAGAUUCUGGAUCCAGAACUGCUCAAGUCAGCAGAAGCGAAAGAGAAAUGGAGGCCUUUUUGUAACCACUUUGAAGGCCUGGUUGAAGACUUUAACUACGGUACGUUACUGCGUCUGGACUGCGAGAAGGACUACACAGAGGAGAACACGAUAUUCGCCACCAGAAUCCAGUUCUUUGCCAUUGAGAUUGCGAGAAACCGAGAAGGUUACAACAAUGUGGUGCACAACGCUAGUGUGAAGGCGAAACAGCAGACGAAAGAGCAGAGUUAACGCCUACAGCAUCACACUUCAGUGGCCUUGUUUUAAUAUUUUAGGCCUUGUUUAUGUUGCUAGCCUAACAUUCUUACUAUCCACAUGAUUCCCUUCACAUAAUGGAAAAAGUACUAUUUUGAGGCACAUGUGGAGAGAAACUGAAACUAAACCCCUCAGUACAAGUAUUUAAAACACAUUAGAUGUCUGUAAUUAAAACGUUUUCAGUGUGUUAAUGUAUUUUGUUUCUAUUUUGCUUCUGUCUUUUCUUUAUAAUGAUUAAACCCCCAAACAGGGUCUCAGUAUUUCAUAUUUUUUGCUAGACUUUUGUUUUUUUUCCCAUGAGAUGCAUUUACAUGGUAAAUGUAUAUUAAAGUGAGAAAUGUGUCCAGUU